GCACGGAUUACGCGAAACGGCGCGCGCGUCAUCGAGGAAAGUCAACGUGCGUCGUUCCAUGGUCGUCGGUUGAAGAGGCACACGUUCUUUUUUCAACAUGAGGCCGCGGCCACUGGCAGGCAACCUUUGGUCCGGGCCCGCGAGGCCAGUCCAUGGCCGGUCUGGGGCCGAGGGCGGCUGCUGUCACGCUUCCGGCAGCCGCGGCUCUCGCUCUUCUGCUCUCCUUCUUCCUGCUCAAGAGGCGCCGCUUCAGAAGGUCCUCUAACUCUGAGUGCUGCUCCCUUUCUGAAACCACAGCGUGCCUCCUCGGUAGCGACGACCAGGGUGAGGAGGCUGACCUCCGGAGUGCCGCCCCCGCGAGCAGCGGUGACCAGGAGGUGCUGAGGUCUUCGUCGCCGCCCGCGCCGGAUAGCAGUCCCCCGCCCGAGCCGUUCCUCGACAUGAGACUCCGGGACGGCAGCAAAGCGGGUGACACGAAGCUCAAGGGCAGCAACAGCCGCAUCAAAAGUUCGCGGUGUCCUGCCGCGAUGGCCGCAACGACAACAAAGACUGCUGGUGGCGGCCCGACGACGAAACCGCCGUGCUCGAACGCGACGAGCGGCAAGGUGUGCAAUGCGUCCCAACCAGCGCGGCAGCAGAACAGCGUUGAUGUGGUUGUCACGUCGGCAGUGCGCGAGCAGCCGGCGCCGUGUGCGGUGCUGACCGUGGAGAUUCCCGAGCAGCCGACGUCGGUCCAGAGGCCCGAGGGCGACGACUCGACGGCGAUUGAUCGGGACGCGUUGUGUGGGGCUAGUCCCAGCGGGUCGGUGGACUCGCUGCUCGGCCAGUCGUCGCCGCCAAGCUCGACGGUGUCGCCGGCGCGCCGCGAGAGCGGCUCCGAGCCCAGCUCGUCGCUUCUCGCUCAAGAAAUGGCCGCGCUAUCGCUGGCUGCGCAGCACUCCUCGACCGCAGACGCCUCCUUCGAGAACUCGACGCAAUGGGAGGCUCCGGCGGACGAGGUGGUUGUUAGCACGGUCGCGACGACGACUUCGACGGCGCCCACGCUGCCUGGAGAGCCCGCAACGAGGCAAGACGAUGCGGCGUCACCCAGCACCGCCGACGCUGUGCAAAACGAAGAGUCCGUAUCGGAGGACAAGAGCCAAGCGCAGGCGCUGUCCUUCUCCGACGCACACAGCGAGGGCUCCAGCGACAGUGGCAAGGGUGGCAGUGAUAUCCAUGGUGGCAGUGAGGCAGCCGGUGGUGCUGGGAACCUCUCUCCCGAGGAAGAGCUGCCACGCACGUAUGAGUUCGAGCUGCCGCGAGAACUGUGCGGCCGGUUUAUCGGCCAGGGUGGCCGUAACGUGACCGCCAUCAAAACUCGUUCCAACACCCGCAUAUAUGUGCAGCAGCAUCCCUUUUCUUCUAAGCUCAAGAUUUGCUCCAUUCAAGGUACGACAGAGGAGAUACGCACAGCACUGGAGCUCAUCAGGAAGAAGUUUCCCCUGCAUGUCUACCCCCAUCUGACGUUGAUUCAAGUGAACGUGGAGCCCAUGCACUACCCAGGCACAAUCACGCUGCCAGAGACAUUACAGCUGCGCUUGCCCGAAGGUGUGACCUGUGAUGUGGUGCUCACCAGCAUGGUGACUGCAGGCCACUUCUUCCUCCAGCAGCCGACUCACCCGACAUAUCCGUCGCUGUCACGGCUAGACUCGUGCAUGGCAGCGUGCUACGGCCAGGGCCUGGACAUUCCGCCUCUGCCCCAUCCUGUUGAAGCGGGCAUCAUCUGUGCAGCCCAUGUGUGGAACGGCUGGUACCGUGCGCUGGUGGUGGGGCCCUCGGAGGAGAGCGACGAGUGCGACGUCAAGUUCCUCGACUACGGCGGCUACAUGACCCUGUCGACGUCACUGCUCCGCCAGAUUAGGAGUGACUUCAUGAUGCUGCCAUUCCAGGCUUCAGAGUGCUACCUCGCCAAUGUGCAACCUGCUGAAGAUGACAAUCUGUGGUCACCCGAAGCAUGUGCCACAUUCGAAGAUCUGGCACAGGGACAGAUCUUGCAAGCCCUGAUUGUUGGUUACGCCGACAAUGGUAUUCCCCUUGUGCACCUGUACAGAGUACAGGGAGUCUCGAGUGUGUUCAUCAACCGAGAAAUGGUCAACCGCGGCGUAGCUCGGUGGCUAGAACAUCCCCUCUGACCGCACACUGUCCGGGCCCCGGAAGUGGCUGCCGGCUCACAGCGGCGGCGCCAAUGCCGGGGGCUCCACGGACCAUGGGGGGCGGCGUCCUCAUUGCCAUCACUGCCGCAGGCGCAGUAUCGAACCACACGUGGUCAGUCGUGCCACCUGACGUGCCACCACACUGGUGGCCACACGCCAGACAUCAAGCUCCAUGAGAUGCCAUUCAGUGCAGUGUCACCUUCACCCCUGCACUUUGAGGCGGCCUUCAUUAAGCAUCACCAGUCAUCCGAAACAGUGUCACAUCGGUCACCACAGCAUUUUGCAACAGCUCGCACCACGCUGCCAUGCUACACCGUGCAUCACGAGGCUGACAGCUACGGCCAACACUGCAGGCCACACCCCUCCUCCAAACAACGGAUCACAGCGGUGCUCAACCCUUUGCAUCGUGGAGCUUACAGCUCACGACCUGCAAGUACUAGUAAUCACCGAAAUCGAUCGGUUCGUAGGCGGGCGUGCCCACCACCCUUCCACAUGGGGCUGUCGGCACCUGACGAUCAGUAUGGUGCACACGUCGAACUCUUCAGUCCCCACAGGGGGGGUUUUAAGAGCGCCGUAAGAGGGUUACGGAAUCAAAAUUCAGCUUCGUACAAGUCGUCCAGCACUCCUAGAGUCAGGCAGCCAGGAACUUCGAAUGCUUCCGCAUAUUCUAGACCAAGGUCGUACGCCGACUGGCCAUUCUUUAUAACAGCCCAGCCAAACUUUGGGAACUACGGCAGCCAACAGUUCCUAUGGCUCGUGCCUGUUGCAAAGCCUAGGCUUCUACCGCUGUCGGGGGACCCGUGGCUCUGGCCUCGUGCCCCAGUCAGUUUCAAUUAUUAGAUGAGGGAAUGGCAGGGGUCAUCGACUGUCCGUGUGGACCUCCUUUCUGUAAAGUGUGAUUUCAGGGUGGAGGGCAGUGCAUCCCCACUCUGUGCGUGUCACCGGCCCUAUCUUUGGGGAAAUGCUCACGGUGGCCCACCCUAGCCUUGCUCCGGGGUUGCCGUCUGUUUCUUCGGUUCUUUGUUUCUGUUUCUCGUUAGCUGCAGACAUGUUACAACUCCAUGCAGUGGCUCCGGGUGGCCAUGAUUCCCGUCUUGUGACGUUUAGAUGGAAGCGUAGUUUCUCCUCCCAGCAGGCAGCGAGCGUGUCCAGAGCAAUGUGGCACAAAGACGUAGCGCACAAGAGAAGGUCGUCCACCUUCAUGGCUCCAAUUAUGCAUACCAUUUCGUUUUCACUGUAAAUAUUGUACUACCGCGGGAAUCAAGCCAUCCCAGGCUGGGAAAACGCACAUCGGUCGACCAGUUAGCAUGUAGUGUCAGCUGCUUUAGCGUUGCAAUUUUUAUGCCACAGCAUCUUGAGCGGAGAUGGCAGGUUUUGCUUUUCUUCCGGGGAAGUUUUGUGGGAUCAGUCACAUUGUUGCCUGUAAAUAGAGUUCUUUGCGUGCCUGUGUGUGUGUGUGUCCAAUGCAAGCUCUGUUCUUUUCUUUCCCCUCUGUGUCCCCCAUUCCCUCAUUCACUUUGCUUUCCUUUGUGCGUGUACACCGACCAUCGGCCUACAUGGAUUUUGUUUUGCAAAGUGCUGCAGCCAGCGCAUCGAUGGAUCCUGCUUUGACAGAUUGUGCCGUUAUUUAAAGUUUAAAGAGUUGGAUGAUAAUAAAGAGUUGUUUUCUCGUUU